AUCUUAUCAUUCUCCUCUUCUCUCUUCUCUCAUCUCACGACCUGCCUUGCCCAAUACCUGACGACGACCUGAACGAACUAACGACAUAACGACACAAACACACGCGUACCAAGACUCGUCUUCUUCGCUCCCAUGGCCACCAAUACUUCUAGUCUAUCGGGUUCUAGCGACAGCUUGUCCACGCUCCUCCCAAGCUCAUCCUAUCUACUGGCUUAUGCUCUUCCAUUGCUCUUGGUCUCGCUAAUCUUGACUUUUUUUGGAGCAUUUCUGACCUUGGAUAGGACGAGGAGAUUUCGUGCUAAGAAUGAUAUGUAUGUGAUGCCAGGGAGUUUUGGGAAAGAGACCAAAGGGUUGAGGUUAAAGAGAAUGAUGGUUUUGGAAGGAGGCGUAGGAGGCAUUCUGCUGGGCUAUGCGUUUGGUGUACAUCUGUCAACAUUCCUCGCGUUAAUUAUCCCAAAUAUUACCUCCUCCGAUCUUUCUAGCGGCGCCUUCAUAGCUAUCUGGGUCUUAUCCGCGUUCACUACUACCGUCCUUGCCGCACGGUAUAGCAUUGUUGCCUUAGGUCUUGCAGGGCUCUCCGGUGGAGCAUCGUCUGUGUUAGGCGUAUGUAUCAUCAUACACCCUCCACUGGAAGCACGUGUGGUGUUCACUAUCGCGGUUAUGGUCAUAUCAAUGAUUGCAAUAAUGCUUAGCGCGUUCAUACCUCCUCUUACGAGGUUCAAACAUCCUCUGCUUCGGUUCGCUGCAUCGUCGACGGGUUCUUUUGGUGUGACAAUGUGUAUUUCUUUACUAUCUUCAUCGUCGUUUUCCUCUUCUUCGGCAUCAUCACUCCAAUCCUGGUCCUCCCCCUGGUCUCACCUAUAUCUGCCUGCAUCCUCCUCCUGGGGAACCUCCACUGAGAAAGGCUUUUCAGCUUUGUUCUGCAUUCUUAUCUUGGCAGGUACAGUGUGCGAUUGGGCAUUUUGGAGGAAAUGGGGAGAAUGUCCUGAUGAGAAGUGGGAUUCCUAUCUGGCGGAGUAUGCUGUGAAUUUACCGAACGACGUGAAGAGGGCAGGGAGUUUUAGACCGUUCGAAUCGGUUUGGGAGAGAGUCUUUGGCUCGAGGGAUAACAGGAACGAGGAAGCAAGGGCAUUAAAGGAAGGAAAUUUUGAGAAGGAAGUCGCCUUUCAAAUCGAUGACGCAGAAUUGGGUUUAGACUUGGAUGCGGAGUAUCUCUCGAGUCCCGGACCUGGCAAACUCCGAAAGUUCGACUCUACCUCACCGUUUACUAAUUCCGUCGACGAGCCUCUUCCUUUGUAUAAGCCCCACCCGGGUCUUUUACUCAAGAAUGGCCGUCGUUCGUCAUCUUCGAGAUCCUUAUCUUCUCCAUCGCCUGGGUUCCGAAAGAAGGAGAUGGUCAAAUUUCGACCGUUGGAUGAGCUCAGUUCUUCUGACGAAGACGAGUUGAAUCACGAGAAGGAACGAGCACGGAUCCGAGCUGUUAGGCGACGUACUGACCCGAAAAUUCGCCCUAUGUCGCCUAGUUUAAGCGAUACUGAUAAUGCUUUAUUCGGUCCACCAGACUAUUCGGAUUUCAAAGAUAAAGGCGACAAGGGUAGGACUGUUGGUGAGGAAGACAUCGUCAGCGGUGCGACUCGCUCGAUGUCAUCUACUCCACAGUGGACACCCAGAUUUCUCAAACAACAUCGUUCUUCCCUUUCUUCAGCUCAUUCCUCAGCACAUUCUUCGCCGUCUCAGACUUCCCGUUCUUCAGAGCGAACGGCAGUAGCUUCUUCAAACUCACAUCCAAUCCCCCCUGUGCUCGCAGAAGCAUCGCCAUCACUCUCGACGCCAACAUCAACUAAGGCACUCCCGGUGACACAGCCGCUCGUCCAACCGCUCACUUCAUCUGUCACUCCCCCACUCGUACUCCCAGUCCCCACGACGCCUUCUCUACUCAACGCCCUGCACAGGGUGGAGAAAGCGAGGAAUGAGGCGUACAGGCGAGAGAUGGUUGGCAGUGGUAGCGGGGGUGAUGGUCGUGAUCCGGUUAUCAUGCGAGAAGAGGGUCGAGGACAGCGGUGGGGUGACUUUUGGCAUGAAGUAAACGAGGUAAAAGUGAAAGGGGGAAACAGAGGAGAGGGUAGGCGAUAAGCGAGCGAUCCUGCUCAUCCAUUAAACCCCUCUCCUCUCUUCUCCGUCUCUUCUUUCUCUCCCCAUCUUGUACUCCUACAUUAUCCGUGUUCCCCACUUUUUAUCGAUUUACUUUUCGUUGUUCUUCGUUUGCUUUUUGUCUCCUCCCUCCCGUUUACCUAGUCCCCCGGUACACGACACCCUCGACGAUUAUUCUCACUGUCGAUAGUUAGGCUACUUUUUUC